UUCUUUCGCUCAAUUAAACUAAUAGCCUAUAUUUGCUUCCACUAAUUUCUCAACUAAUUCCGUUUAUUAUGGCGCCGUCUAUAGCAGUGCCUUCCACCCAAACAAAACCGUAUCACCGCCGUGAGAUCUCCGCCGUGCCGGAGAGCGAGGUGCUCAGAAGAAGAAACGAAGAAUUGGAGAAGGAAUUGAAGAAGAGUUUUGAGAGGGAAGAGAAAAUGAGAGAGGAAUUGCAGAAAACAUGGGAGAGGCUGAGGGUGGCGGAGGAGGCAGAGGAGCGGCUCUGUUCUCAGCUCGGAGAAUUUGAAGCGGAGGCUGUUGAUCAGGCUCGGGCUUACAGGACACGUGUUAUGAAUCUGAUGGAUCAACUCUCUUUGGCUCAGAAACUUCUCGAGUCGGCUUCUGUUGUCGUUCCCAAUUCCCGAUGA